AAAGAAAAAGAAAAUGAUUGGGUUCUUUCAUGUAGGUCCAAGGUGUAUCUAGGGCACAGGUCAGGUGCCAGCCUGUGCCUUGACCCCACCAGUCCUUGAUAGACCGGUACAGGCUGACUUAAUGACUGGGGCAAACAUGAUAAAUGUCAUUCACCCCACAAGCUUCUGUAGUUCCCUCUGCUGAGCCUUAUCGCCACCACGUGGAGGGAAUCUAGAUCCUUCUGCAGUGCAUGGGAAGUCCACAGUCACUUCUAAAAAGGGAGGGUCAAGGCUGAGCUUGUCAUGAGCAGGUGACAUCCUGGAUAAAUAGGGCCUGAGCUUAUGAAGUUGUGACACUGUUCAUGCUGCUUUUAGGAGCUAACUGGCCUGUUUUCUUUCCAUUUGAAGAGCAUUCUGCACAUAGAUCUUCCUUCAGGAUGUUUCCUCUGGAGGAGAUUACAAACAACACAUGCUCUGCUUACCGGGAUCAGCAUCCUCACACUAUCCUUUACAACAUCUUGAGCGGGAGGGACAGCGGAUACCUCAACAACAAACUGAACCACAGCGGCACGGCCCGCAACUGCCACUGUGAGCGGAGGAGGACAGUUUGCCUUAAGGACCCGAAGGCGACAUGCCAGGUUGCCUCCAGUGUGCUCGUCAAAACCAUCUGCUUUGUGAGGAGUUUACCCUCCUUCAGUCAGCUUCCAUCAGGAGAUCAGUCGUCACUGUUAAGACACUGCUGGGUUCCUUUAUUUGUUCUGGGGCUUGCCCAGGAAAAGAUAGUCUUUGAAGUGACGGAUGAACCAAAUUUAAGCAUCCUUAGACAGAUUCUGCUCGGACCAGGACUCACUGAAAAGGACACUGACCGACCAACUCUUGCAGAAGUCCACAAACUGAGAGCUGGCUUGCAUCAGCUGUGGAAUCUGGAUCUCAGCCCAAAGGAAUACGCCUACCUGAAGGGCGCUUUGUUAUUUAACCCAGCUGUUGAAGGGUUGAGUGCCUUGCUGUUCAUUGAAGGCCUUCAACAAGAAGCUCAGAGAGCUCUCCAAGAAGUCAUCCACCUCCUGCACCCGAAGGACGACGUUCGCUUCAGCCACGUCCUUCUGGCAGCCUCCGCCAUUCAGACUGUCAGUCACAGCCUGGUCACAGAGCUCUUCUUCAAGCCAGUUAUCGGCAACACAAAUAUGUUACAUUUAUUAACAGAGAUGUUGUUUGUGCAAUGAGACCCCAGUGAGAAAGCCUUGUAUGAGUGAGUGUUGUAAUAUGAAAUUUUAUACAGUGAACCUAGUUUAAGAAGCGCUUGAAAUAAAUCUUUUAAUAGCUUCUUCAGCUUGAUGAAGUUAUGCUUUUAAGAA